CAAACAAGUGCAAAAAAUUCCAAAAUUUUAAUUUCAAAAACGAAAGUCGCUUACUUGGCUGGCUGCUGCUUUCUCUCUACCGGUGAGACUGUGCGCCGAGCAACCGAGACAGAGAGAGAAACAGAUAUUAUGGAGGUGGGAUCAGCUGCGAGCAAGAGCAAUGCCAAAAGUCAGCGGCGGGUAGGUUUAAUUUACGAUCACAGGAUGUGCAAGCAUCGUACUCCUGAUGAUGAUUAUCAUCCCGAGAAUCCCAACCGCAUCACCGUUAUUUGGAACAAGCUCAAACUCGCCGGCAUUCCCGAACGAUGUGUGCUUUUAAAUGCCAAAGAAGCGGAGGAUAAAUACAUUUGCGCUGUUCACUCCAAAAAACACGUUAACUUGAUUCGAAAUAUAAGCUCCAAACCAUAUGAUUCGAAGAGAAAUGUAAUCGCAUCCAAAUUAAAUUCCAUAUAUUUCAAUGAAGGAUCAUCAGAGGCUGCUUACCUCGCAGCUGGCUCUGUCAUUGAGGUUGCUGAGAAAGUGGCAAAAGGGGAAUUGGAUUCUGCUUUCGCUCUUGUUAGGCCACCUGGCCAUCAUGCUGAAUUCGAUGAAGCAAUGGGAUUUUGUUUGUUCAACAAUGUGGCUAUAGCUGCCACUUUUCUCCUUGAUGAAAGGCCAGAACUUGAUAUAAACAAGAUUCUGAUAGUUGAUUGGGAUGUUCAUCAUGGUAAUGGUACUCAAAAAACUUUCUGGAAGGAUCCUCGUGUUCUGUUCUUCUCCGUUCACAGGCAUGAGUUUGGCUGUUUUUACCCUGCUAAUGAUGAUGGUUUUUAUACCAUGGUUGGAGAAGGACCCGGGGCAGGAUAUAAUAUAAAUGUCCCUUGGGAAAAUGGCCGGUGUGGCGAUGCUGACUAUCUUGCAGUUUGGGACCAUAUUUUACUUCCCGUUGCCAAGGAAUUUAAACCUGACAUAAUUAUAAUAUCUGCAGGAUUUGAUGCAGCUGUUGGUGAUCCUCUAGGGGGAUGUCGGGUAACACCAUAUGGAUAUUCCAUCAUGUUGAAGAAGUUGAUGGAUUUUGCUCAAGGUAGGAUUGUUUUGGCACUGGAAGGAGGAUACAAUCUUGAUUCUAUAGCAAAUUCAGCCCUGGGUUGCAUGGAAGUUCUGUUAGAAGACAAACCUAUAUCUGGAUUUUCUGAGGCAUAUCCAUUUGAGUCUACAUGGCGAGUCAUUCAAGCGGUUCGCCGAAAAUUGAGUGCAUUCUGGCCAACACUUGCAGAUGAAUUACCAACUAAGUUGACCAAUCAAAAAGCUCCUCCUCAUAUUCUACUGUUAAGCUCCGAAUCUGAUGGCGAGGAUGAUGAAGCUUCAAAAAUUGUAUCAGCGGACCUUGUUGCAGCUGUUGAGGAUGUUGUGGGACCCCUUUUAAAGUUGAAGGUUGAAGAUAAUCAUGAUAAACUAACCACUGCUUCUACCCCAUGGAGAUCAGAGCUGUCCAAGAGUGACAUUUGGUAUGCCACUUUUGGUUCAAAUAUGUGGAAGCCAAGGUUCCUCUGCUAUAUUGAAGGUGGACAGGUUGAAGGUAUGAAAAAGUCAUGUUCUGGUUCAAUGGAUAGAAACCCCCCGAAGGACAUUCUGUGGAAAACUUGCCCUCACUGUCUUUUCUUUGGUCGUGAUUUUACACCAACAUGGGGUCCUGGAGGGGUUGCUUUCCUUCAUCCUCAAAGCAACAGCCAUAAUAAAACUUACAUGUGCCUCUAUAGAAUUACGCUAGAGCAGUUCAAUGAUGUUUUGCUUCAGGAAAAUGUUCCAGAUCAUGACAUGAGUUCUCCUUUGUUCGAUCUAAAUGCUUUGAACUCCAUUCCAAAUGAAGGUUCCUUCUGUGUGGAGGCUGUCAAGAGAGGCUGGUACCAUAACGUUGUUUACCUGGGAAAGGAGAAUGAUAUCCCUAUACUGACUAUGACGUGUCCCCUCUCAACGAUUGAAAGCUUUAAAUCCGGUGAGAUUCCUUUGCGUGCUCCUUGCAAAGAAUAUGCUGACACCUUAGUCAGAGGCUUGGUCGAAGGAAAUCAGCUAUCAGAAGAGGAGGCCAGAACUUACAUACACGAAGCAAGCGCAAAACCAUUAUAUGAUCGCAGAACUUUUGGUUGCUGUGACGCAUAGUAAAUUUCUCAAAAGUAAUAACAUUGAUAGGAGAGGGUAAAGCUUCUGGUUAGAAGAGUAGAUGACAUUGACGGGGGAAUUUCCGUGUGUAUUUAGCCAUGGACAACCAUAUUAGCCAACCUCACUAGUGAGGUAAAUGGGUUAACUGUUCUUGCAGGCUUAUCAUAUUUAUGUAUGUUUAAAUUAAUAUGACACAUUCAGGAACAUCGUGUCUUCCAACUAAGACCGGAGGAAUCAAUGUGUAGUAAUGUCUUUUCUA